GCAUGAACUGUCUUCGCUAUAGUGCAUAUAUCGCUGCGUUCUGCUACUGAAAGAGGGAGAUAGAGAGGGGGAGAGAAGGAGGAGGGAGGAACGAAGGGAGACUGCGUGCAAGAGACAGACAGAAAGAGAGCGAGCGAACACAAUCUCUCUUCAGACAAGAGGAAAAUUACCAGCAGAAUAAGGCAUCAAGCGACCGUCUGCACCAUUCUGACACCCCAUCCUUUUGCGCCGAUCGUCCUACACAACCUGAUCGGAGCGACAAUGGAUCUACCUGCAACCGGGGAGCACGUAUUUGCCGUGGAAAGCAUCGAAAAGAAACGAUUUAAAAAGGGUAGGAUAGAAUACCUGGUCAAGUGGAGAGGGUGGUCCUCUAAAUACAACACAUGGGAACCAGAAGAAAACAUACUCGACCCGCGGCUUCUUACCGCUUUCCAAAACAGGGAGAAACAGGAGCAGCUGAUGGGAUAUCGCAAGCGAGGACCCAAAACCAAGCCACUCUUUUUGCAGCUUCCAUCUUUUGCAAGGCGAUCGGGCCUAUUCUCCGAAUUCCAGGAGAUGUCUCUGGAGGAGGAGCACCGAUCCAAAUCGGACCCGGUCAUGAUGAGUCACUUACAGCCACAGCAAUACCAGCUAAACAGCAAAAAAUACCACCAGUACCAGCCCAAUGGCAAAGAGAGUGUCAUGGAACAGCAGGCCAACGCCAAGAAAAAAUAUUUCUAUCAGCUGAACAGCAAAAAACAUCAUCACUACCAGCCAGACCCAAAGAUAUAUGACCUGCAGUUUCAAAAGCCCAAGGAGGUCAAAGGUGAGGAACCCACCAAUCAUAAAUGGAAGCUUCCGCCUACUACGCAUCAGAAAUGGGUGUGCGAUAAAACACCAGGAUGCCUGAGCAAAAUGAAGGACCUGUCCCUGGAGCUGAAUAAGAGUGAAGGGGACAAAGAAGAGAUCAGCUGCAACCCCAAGGAGAUGGAUCUCCCCAAUGGCAUCAGCAGCAAGAUGAAGAUCAUUAAGAACAAAAACAAGAACGGCCGAAUUGUCAUUGUCAUGAGUAAGUACAUGGAGAACGGCAGCCAGUCAGCCAAGAUUAAGAAUGGCGACCCGUCGGUGGUGGAGAAGCCAGUGGAUGGGAAACGGCCUGAGGGCAGUGAGUCACAGAAGUUCAUAGACGGGGCUGAAAGGAUUGAGAGUCCAGCCUUGGAAAAUGGAACCUCCAGUGACUAUAGAAGUGUGGCAUGUAACAAUGAUUCUAAACAAACUGAUGGACAGAAUUGCUCAAGAGGAGAGCAGGCAAAUGAGAAGGAGCUGAUUGGAGGAGACGGAGUGGGCGUGGCUGUGAGCCGGGUGGAGCCUAACAUGACCCACCAAUCACCUGCCUCCCCCAUGAUGAACAAAGAGGGGGAUCGCCCCGCCCCAUCUGCCAGCCGCUUCCUCAAACGGCACCUGUCUGACCCAGAAGAGGACCAUGGCAGGUCCAAAGUGUUCCUGAGUGUCCGGAGCGUUAGCGCUCCUGGUGGCGUACCGACUGCAGCUGAUCCGGAACACCCGAGCUACGGCCUGAGCUACAGUCAGGGGCAAAGCCUCCUGGGUGUGGACUUGGAGGAACCGAUUGACCUGAGCUGUGUGAGGUCCAGACAAGAGCGAGAUGCUCUCCCCAAAGCUGAGCUCCCCUCAGAGGGCGACAAAGCAAAGAAGCCGGAGCCCAGCUGUGCUUUCAGACCCUUCCUGGGAAACAUCAUCAUCACAGAUGUGACAACGAACUGUCUGACCGUGACCUUUAAGGAAUAUGUCUCAGUGUAAGGCCCCCCAAGGCUGCAGCGACAGAUCAGUGAAUAUCACCAAGCUGUACAUUUAUACAAAAAUGAUUACAUUUUGUACAUAUAAAAUAUUUAUCACAAAGACAGACGUUGCUGAACAUAAGACUUCAGUGUUUUUUUUUUAUACUUAGAUGCUUUUGAGAUUUUGAGCUGGAAACAUGACACGAGUUUGAAAUUCUUACCACACCACAAGGAUGAAAUACAGAUUUUGUCUGGUUAACAGUUUUCUUGUACGGAAGACGUUCUACUUUACCGUGGCUACAGAUUACUUUCUUCAUAGAUACACCUGCCGUUCUGUCACCUAGAGGUGGUUCACGUUACGUACCUAAUCAUAGGUACUACUUUGCAUUGCAUUCUGGGAACAGGAAGUCUACGUCCUUGUCUUUCACGUUGGUAUAGCGCAGCCCAGAUGGGAAAGCACAGACAUACAUAUAGCUCAUACAGACACAUUUUUCAUACGCUUCUGAAAAUUGUCAUGGUUUUCACUGGUUCUUACUACCAGUUUCGCUUCACAUUCCACACUAUUUAACGUCCUAAUCCCAGUUUAUAGGGCAAAGACAGUUUUGUGUACAUUGGUGCAAAAAGUUUGUUCCAUAAAUGGCGGGACACACCCAUAGAUUUUAUUUAAGCUAUUGGAUAUACAAACAUAGCUACUGGAUAUGCAUUUUACAUGUAUGUAAAUGUUUGGUGAGCUUGUCUGUCUGGUUAUGCUGCAGUAAACUCGAAUGGAGCAUUGAUGAAGUCGACUGUAAUGCACAGCAAUACUGGUUUCAGGGAGACCAUAGAUUGUUGGAGUAGCUCUCAGUUCAACGUUUGUGAUAUGACCUCUCUCAUCACUCCAGUGCAUGAUGGGAAAGAGACCUGCCCGAUAUCAGAUAAAAUAUUUGUGUCAUAUGUUGUCCUUAUUAAAAGCUCUUCUGCUGGCUAAAAGGCCAUUUUAAUAGAAAUAGAUGUUAACUUUGGGCUGAACAGUUUUGGAAAUGAUAUGUCAGGCAAGUAUAAGAACUAUCAGUCAAAUUCAUUCAGAGGUUUAUAUACAGAUGUUACUUAGUUAUACACGCAUUGAUUUUAGUGAAAUGUGACUUUUUGGCAGAGGAUCUUUCUGGGAGUUCGCAAGCCAGGAGAACCCAGUGUUAGGAUGUUCCGGCCUUCGGCGUCUGCUCUCAGAUUCUGGCCUUCAUCACCACCACGAGCCCAUUGUCACGAUUCACCACGGCUCGCGAGAAAUUGAAAAAGUUACCAUAUUCAUUUAACAAACAUUUAUUUCCUGUUAGUUUUUUGAUAAUCUUUAAACUGUAUUUUUGUUUUAAAAAAAAUGAUGGCAUAUGGUGCUUAAUAUUAGGCUUUAGAAUAGCAUUUUUUCGAACCCAGCAUUUCUCAAUCCGGUCCUUGGGGAAUCCCCCGGCAGUCCAAUUUUUUGGUUCCUACCAGCUCUGGAACGGAAUAAUCAAGCACCGACACCUAGUACACGUAUGCUGAGAGCCGGGAGGGAGCGAAAACGCGGAUUGCUGGGGGUCCCCAAGCACUGAGUUGAGAAACACUGUUGUAACCUGUUCCACCCAUGAUAUGACUGCUGCUAAAUGGAGUUUGCUAAAUAUUACAUUAGGAUGUUUGUUAAACUGCUUGAAUGUAACAAAAUAGGACUGGCUGUCAGUAACCAACUUGUCCAAAUGCAUAGCGUAUGAGGGUGUUUGUCUUUCACUCUUAUUGCUCUGUAGGGUUGGGUGUGCAGUGUUUGGCCCACAUCUGGGUAGCGAGAGGUUAAUCUCUUACCCGUGUCUGCGUUCUCUGUACAUGAGCUGCCCCUGUAUAAAAAGUACUGCUUUGAUAUUGCCCAA